AUGUUCUCGCCAACGUAUCCCAGGUCGCGGCGGCGACUCGUUGGACAGAGGCUGCUCUAUGGGGUAUCGAUAUUUGCCAGUCUGGGCGUGUUUCUGUUCGGAUAUGACCAAGGAGUCAUGUCCGGCAUUAUUACUGGGCCCCAUUUCAUCAAUUUUUUUGACCGGCCAAGUGCACUCCAAGUUGGGACGAUCGUUGCAGUGCUUGAGAUAGGAGCGUUUGUGACGUCCUUAGCGGCAGGUAGGGUGGGGGAUAUUAUUGGCCGAAGAGGAACUCUUUUUAUGGGGGCCGUCAUCUUCACGGUGGGCGGUGCUAUCCAGACGUUCACGGUUGGAUUUUGGACGAUGGUGGCUGGCCGAGUAGUGAGCGGUUUCGGAGUGGGUUUACUUUCAACUAUCGUUCCUAUAUACCAAAGCGAGAUAUCACCGCCCGAUCACAGAGGAGCCCUCGCGUGCGCCGAAUUUACAUGCAACAUUGUUGGUUACGCCUUUUCUGUGUGGACAGACUACUUUUGUUCGUUUAUCGGUUCCAACCUAGCCUGGCGAAUCCCCCUAUCCCUCCAAUCCGUUAUCGGUGCGAUUCUUGCUGCAGGGUCGUUACUACUCCCGGAAAGUCCAAGGUGGCUUCUCGAUAACGACAGAGACGAGGAAGGUAUGCAGGUCCUUUCAGAUUUGCAGGGAGAUUCGAGAAACUCGAACGCUUUGGAGGAAUUUCAAGAGAUCAAGGGCAAGGUCGUCGCCGAGCGGGAAUCUGGUGAAGGCCGGUCAUACACUGUGAUGUGGAGAAAGUACAAGCGACGCGUAUUGUUGGCCAUGUCUUCGCAGGCCUUUGCCCAACUUAAUGGAAUCAAUGUGAUCUCAUAUUAUGCUCCUCGUGUAUUUGAAGGCGCGGCUGGCUGGCUAGGCCGCCAAGCGAUCUUAAUGACGGGGAUCAAUUCAAUUUUAUACAUUUUAAGCACGCUUCCGCCGUGGUAUCUAGUUGACCGAUGGGGGCGUCGACCCAUUCUCCUUUCAGGCGCUACUGUGAUGGGCCUUGCGCUGUGCGCAACGGGUUACUGGAUGUAUCUGGAUGCCUCAUGGACACCGACAGCCGUCGUCUGCAGCGUUAUUAUCUUCAACGCAGCUUUCGGGUAUAGUUGGGGUCCGUUACCGUGGUUAUAUCCCCCUGAGAUCAUGCCCUUGACAUUCCGAGCCAAGGGAGUGUCCUUGUCAACGGCUACGAACUGGGCAUUCAAUUGGAUGGUCGGCCAGACGACUCCGUACCUCCAAGAGGUGAUUCAAUGGCGACUUUACGUUAUGCAUGGUUUCUUCUGCGCGUGCAGCUUUGUACUUGUAUAUUUUCUAUACCCGGAGACGAAAGGGGUACCACUUGAAGAGAUGGACGCUGUUUUUGGAGAAGGUCCGAAGUCUCGUUUUUCAACUUGUUCAGCGUAUUCAUUAUCUAUGCAGGUCUCAAAGAUCAUAUCCCACUAA